AUGAUCAGUGACCUGAGAGUGACGCGGCUUCUUCUUCCCCGUCAUGAUCAACUGCCCGACACGAUAAGCUCUCCCUCCACGCCAUCCCACGGCCGGCGACCAUGCUCAUGUGCGACUCUGAUACCACCUAUCACCCCGUCAGCAGCACCCGACCGCUCGCAUUCGACCUCCUCCGUGUUCUUUUGGUGUCGUUGCUAUGGCACAGAACUCCGUUUUGGGACAUCUCUUCUCCUGGCGCUGGGAGUCCGAGUCGAUGAAGCUGCGCCUGUAAUGGAAGACAGCCAGCUGGCAGAUACACACGGUGACGUCGAGGCCACCGAGCGUGCCAUCUCGGGCGGUGUGUCGCAGACUAUAGCAUCGUCAGUCUGA